UGCAGCUUGCUUCUGCCCAUCGCGGCACACGUCGACCGCGCACCAAAAAGUCCUCCCGCUCCUCGCCGGCGACGACAUAGACCACUUAAGGGAUUCUCGUAAUCUAUCUCGCUCUCUCUGUGUAUCCUGCAUCUCGUCCGCAUUACUUCGGCACUGUAUCAUUUCCCCAUAGAUGUCUCCUGUAGCAACGACCGCCAUGUCCGAUUCUCCGUUCGCCGCACACCUGGAAGCCCUUAAGACUGCACCUACACAGCCUGAUGCCAAGGCUGCUUCAGAUAAACUAGCGAAGGAAGUACAGACUCAUGGAAUAGAGAGCCUGGAGGACCAACAAGUCCUGAAAACCCUCCUCGGAUUCGCCACCAACAAGAAAUCUGGCUAUGAGCGCGAGUCGGGCGCAAUCGCUUUCCAAUCAUUGGCUCAUGUCCUCGGCGCUCCUGCGAUACCCCUUCUGCUACCUUGCCUACCUGCUCUGUAUGAUCUUUACAUGGAUAAGGGCGAUGUCGUCCGUACUGCUGCGACUACCGCUGUCAAGGCGAUCGUCAAGCUUGUCCCCCCCGAGGCCACGCGCAUACUAUUCCGCACCCUAGAACCCAUCCUCGAUUCAGGAAAAUGGCGCACGAAAGUUGGCGUCCUGGAUACGAUGAGGACAUGGGUCGGCCCCAAUACCAGGACCUUUGUCGCGAAUAUCCUUGGCGACACGAUCCCCAAGGUUGAGGCAGCAAUGCACGACACGAAGUCUGAGGUCUCUACUGCCGCCAACAAGUGCGCGAACGCCCUCUGCACUACUCUCGCGAACGACGAUCUCGCACCGCAUAUUCCUGCUCUGGUCAAAUGUAUGGCCAACCCCGACUCGGUGCCCGCGGUUAUCAAGUCCCUCUCCAACACGACAUUCGUCGCGGAAGUCACGGCUCCGGCUCUUGCUGUUCUCGUCCCUCUACUCCUGCGCGCACUCAACGACAGGAGCAUGGAGGUCCAGCGCCGUACCGUGGUCGUUAUCGACAACCUCGUCAAGCUCGUUCGCGACCCGAACGUGGCCGCAAUCUACUUGAGCCCUCUCGUCGAGGGUGUUGAGAAGAUCGCCAAGGGCGCGGCUUUCCCUGAGGUUCGCGCCUUCGGUGAAGCUGCCCUUCAAACCCUCAUCAAGUCUGGCGCGUCGUCGUCCGGCCCCCCACCCGUUCGUCGCGAUCUAGAGGCCGAGACGCGCGAGGUGUUCGCUGCCCUCGUCAACCUGCUCCCUUCCGAGCUGGUCAUCGCCUCGGCCCAGUCGCCCAACGGGCCCCAUACCCCUCGCCACCCGCUGCUCACCCGGUCCCUCGAGUUCCAGGCCGAACUCGUCGCCGAUCUCGUCUACAACCGCAUCUUCUCGGAAACCGAGAACUGGCAGCGCUGCGUCGGCGUCUACAUUUCCGCCUGGCUGGACGUCAAGGGCGGCAAGCAGUACGCUGAGAGCGUCAGGCAGCACUUCCAUGCGAUUGACCAGGCGAAGUACGCCCCCGCUGCGGUGGAGGACGACGAGGAGGGCGAGCUGUUGUGCGAUACUCAGUUCUCGUUGGCGUAUGGUGCUUUGCUCCUGCUCUCGCACACGAAGCUGCGCCUCUUCCGCGGGCGUCGCUAUGGUAUCCUCGGUACCAACGGGUCCGGCAAGUCGACGCUCAUGCGCCAACUGCGCGACGGCAAGGUCGAGAACUUCCCGCCGCAGGACCAGCUCCGCUGCGUGAUGGUCGAGCACGCGUUGCAGGGAGAGGACACGUCGUUGUCCAUUCUGGACUUCGUGGCGUCGGACAAGCAGCUUGCUGACGUGCCCCGCGAGAAGAUCAGGCAGCAGUUGCUCGAGGUCGGCUUUGACGAUGCGCGCCAGGCGGAUAUGGUAGCCGGCUUGUCUGGUGGUUGGAAGAUGAAGCUCGAACUCGCUCGUGCCAUGCUCUACAACGCUGACCUGCUGCUUCUUGACGAGCCUACUAACCAUUUGGAUCAAGCCUCCGUCAAGUGGUUGGAACAGUAUCUUAUUGCUCACAACAAUGUUACCUGCUUGAUCAUCAGUCACGACUCUGGGUUCCUCGACAAUGUCACUACUGACAUUAUCCACUACGAGUCCAAGAAGCUCGUCUACUACAAGGGCAACCUGUCCAAGUUCGUCUCCGAGCAUCCUGAAGCGAAGUCGUACUACACCCUUGCCGCCACUUCCGUCAAAUUCGCCUUCCCCCCACCUGGGUCUCUCAUGGGCGUGCGCAGUAACACCCGCGCGAUCCUGAAGAUGACGAACUGCACAUUCACCUACCCGGGCCGCUCAACGCCCAGCUUGUUCAAUGUCAGUUGCGCGCUGUCGCUGUCAAGCCGCGUCGGCGUCAUCGGGCCCAACGGAGCGGGCAAGUCCACCCUCAUCAAGCUCCUGACCGGCGAGACGGUGCCUCAGGAAGGCACGGUGUAUAAGCACCCGGCGCUGCGUGUGGGGUAUGUGGCGCAGCACGCCACGCACCAUAUCGAGCGGCACUUGGAGAAGACGCCUGUGCAGUACAUCCAGUGGCGCUUCCAGGAUGGUCACGAUCGCGAAUUGUUGGAGAAGGCUACCCGCGUCUUGACGGACGAGGAGAAGGCGCUGCUUGACCAGGAAUGGGUUGGGCGGGAUGGCUCUCGCCGGAAGCUUGAGAUGAUCAUGGGUCGUCAAAAGCUCAAGAAGACCUUCCAGUACGAGGUCAAGUGGAAGGGACUCGAUCAUCGCUUCAACACCUGGGUCCCGCGCGACACGCUUAUGGAGAAGGGCUACCAGAAGUUCGUGCAACAGUUCGACGAUAUGGAGUCCUCCCGCGAGGGUGCCGGUACCCGCGACACGUCCGCGCAUCUCGUCCGCCAGCACCUCGAGCAGGUCGGCCUCGACGGCGAUAUCGCGCAGUACAACGAGAUCGCGGGUCUGUCUGGUGGUCAGAAGAUCAAGCUUGUCAUCGCGGCUUGCCUGUGGAAUAACCCGCAGGUCUGCAUUCUUGACGAACCGAGUAACUUCUUGGACCGUGAGGCCCUUGGCGGUCUUGCUGUCGCCAUUCGCGACUGGGCUGGCGCUGUGGUUAUCAUCUCGCAUAACCACGAGUUUGUCUCUGCUCUUUGCCCGGAGACAUGGUACGUCGACGGCGGUCGCAUGACGCACAAGGGCAAGGGCGCGACGGUUGACGACGCUUUCUUGGAGACCAAGUCACCGAAGGGCAGCGGCGCCAACACGCCCGCCCGCUCGCGUCUGCAGACCCCGGCUGGGUCUGCUGCGGCAACGCCUGCUGGUAGUGGAGCUGAAGACGGCAAAGCGAGCCCCAGCGGCGUGCCCAAGAAGAAGAAAAAGAUGACCAGAAACCAGCAGAAGGCGCAGGAGGAGCGGCGAAGGUUGCGGAAGUUGGCCUGGCUUACACAUGGUGGGCCGAAGCCCGAGGAUACGGAUAGUGAUUAGAGGGUAUACUAUAGGUUCUGCGUCUCGUUUCUGGUCUUCCUUAUGUAUCUAACUUAAUGUUUACAUUGGCCUUUCUAUGUUUGACUGCAGUUCAUGCACGCUUAUGCCCAUGUCGAGCACCGUGGUCGAGCUGAACUUAGAGAUCGGG